GUCUGGCCAGCCCUCCCUGGGCCGUUACGCUCAGCAGCGCAUGAGAAACGCGCGAAUCUUCCCGACGUCGACUCGUUCACUCUGGAUAACAUCCCGCUCACCUUCUUCUUGCGCAAAGUUCUCGUGGAAUACGUCGCAGAAGUGACCGCCCCUCCUCCUGUGUGGUCAAGGACGCGCGCCUCGGAGUGCGAGAUCUGCGAGCGCGAGGUGCCGCUGACGUACCACCACCUCAUUCCAAGAGAGGUGCACGCGAAAGCACUGAAGAAGAAAUGGCAUUUGGAAGGAAUGCUCAACUCCGUUGCUUGGCUCUGCAGAGUAUUAUACCUCGAUCGACUCUUGGAACGCGAAGAUGUACAGAAGUGGAGGAAGUACAUAUCGAAGCAACGGUGGGGCGUGAAGCGAGGCUGAUCAU